AUGAGAAUGUUUGAAGAAUGUUUUGGUACCGGUCCUUUUAUAUUUAGAAUAAAUGAAAAUGGCACUGGACCACAGCUUCUUUCGCAAGUAUGCCUGGAAAGAGGUUGGAAGGAAUAUAACCCGGAAGUUUGCGACAAUUGGAAUUUGUGGUGGAGAACUUCAGGAUUUUCAGUAAGCCACCAUAAGAAUCUUUACGCUUGGCAGUUCAUUAACCACAUUCCAAAAGGAUCUAUUAUUUGUCGGAAAGAUAAUCUUGUUAGAUUUCUACGAUGUAUGAGAAAAGUGUAUGGUUCUAUUUAUGAUUUUAGCCCUGACGGAUUUAACUUACCAUUAGAAUACACUAAACUGGCUGCUGAAUGUAGUAAAGGAAAAACUUUGCCUUGCAAGGAAAACUCUCGAGGUACUUACCUUGAAGAAAAGCCGAUAUGGAUAUGUAAACCAGCUGCUCAAAGCCAAGGAAGAGGUAUAUUUUUAUUUAGAAAACUAAGCGAACUAAACUAUGAUACCAAUACCAUUGUACAAAGAUACAUUGAAAAGCCAUUACUGAUUGGAGGUUACAAAUUUGAUCUUCGACUUUACGUUUGCAUUCCAUCAUAUCAUCCUUUAACUAUUUUUAUGUAUAGAGAAGGCCUUGCCCGAUUCGGAACUGAUAAAUUUAGUCUUAACGAUCUUAGAAAUCCUUUUAGGCAUUUGACAAAUAGCUCUAUAAAUAAAUUGGGACCAGGAUAUAACGAACUUAAAGAAAGAGUGGGUUCAGGUUGCAAGUGGACGUUUAGACAAUUGAGAAGAUACUUCCAACAAGCCGGAAUACACGAUUGGUUGUUAUGGCAAAGAAUAACUUCUUUGGUGAUUUUAACAGUAUUAAGUCAUGUUAACCAAAUUCCAAAAUCUAUAAAUUGCUUCGAGUUUUUUGGGUUUGAUGUUUUAAUUGAUAAUUCUUUAAAACCAUGGCUUUUAGAGGUAAACUUAAGUCCUGCUUUAAGCAAUGAUUGUGAUGCCGACAGAUUAGUGAAAAAGCCCAUGUUACAUGAUAUGUUUGACUUGCUUGGACUUCCCUUGUAUAAUACAGGAUUAUCUGUUUUUAAUAUAUGGUUAGAUGAUGAAAAGGAAGAAAACAAAAAUUACCAAAAUGAAAAAUUAACAUUGGCGAAUACAGUGACAGUUAUAAAUGCUGCAGGAAGAUGGAGAAAGAAACAAAGAAAAAUGCCAUCUAGACAAGCAAGUGCGAGAUCUACUUCAGCUGUUAGGUCAAGAGUAAGAAAUACGUCUGCAUCUCAAGUUAGAAGAAAUGUUUCUUCUCAAAAAGAAACAGUAAAUUUACCAAAGGUGCAAUUGGAUGGAAGGAGCUACAAUCAAACUUUAAAUGGACAAACAGUCGAGGAAGAUUACAAAAAAUUCUCAUCUCAUAAAAACUGGGGCAAUGGAAGAAAUUGGUGUAUUCCAAAUGCAAGAGAAGGAGGAUGGAUAAGGCUAUGGCCAUUUAAUGUAGAGAAUAAUGUUAAAACUGAAGCUAAUGAAAACAUAAAGCAUAUGGUGAAUCAAGUUAUAAAAUUUACAAAAACCGCGAAAGAAUUAGCAAAGAAGCAUGAAGCAGCGUCAGAAAGCCAACUAAACGAGUUCUUGCAGCGUAAUGUCGGCAUGACUGGUGAUGUAUGGAUCCCUUCGGUAUAA